CACCGACAUCAUAAACAUAAUGCUGUCCGCCCCAACAAGACGUUCCAUCGCCCGCCUCUCUGCCGGCGCGGCGAAGUCUAUCGGCUCUACCGGUACCACUUCCGUUGCCGGUAGUGUUACGAACGCGACCUUGCGCAAGGCUGCUGCUGCUACCAAAGGACAACAACAAGUGAUCCCGACGAAAAGAGCUUUCUCGACCGCUGUGCGCCCAAAUAACACAUCAACAGCAACAAGGGCGGCUAGGGCGGCGUAUUACUCGCAGGAGGCGCAGGGAAAGGGACAGAAGGGAGAGAAUAAGAUUUGGGCUUUUGAGGAGAUCCAAACCUUGAUCGAAGAUCCUAACCGAAACGUUAUUAUCAUCGAAGAAAAAAAAGACACCCGCGAACCAGGUGAACUCCACCAAACAGGCCGCAUCCCCACAGCCAUCAACAUCCCCAUCACCACCUCCCCGGACUCCUUUUUCAUUUCCGAAGACGAAUUCGAAGACCGCUUUGGUUUUCCCCGCCCCUCUAAAGACAGUGAAGUCGUUUUUUACUGCAAGGCUGGCGUGCGCAGUAGAGGGGCUGCGGGGCUGGCGAGAGAGGCCGGGUGGGAGAAGGUGGGUGAGUACCCUGGGAGUUGGCUGGAUUGGGCGGCGAGGGGGGGCAAGGUUGAGCGUUAGGGGUGAUGAGGAUGAGGUUUGAUUGAAGGGAGGAGGAAGGGGGAAGGAAAAUGAGGGAGGAAGAAGGGGGAGGAAGGGGUUAUUUCCUUGAACCUGGCUUGCGUAGAGCAAGAAAAAAAAA